AUGACCGACGUGGAUACUACUGCUACUACUACUACUGCGGCGCAGGCUGCGACUGGGGGGGUGGAGGAUAGUCGGGCUUCCUCUGAUGCGAACGUUGAGGUCAAGAAAGCAUGGCGACCGAGCAAUCGAAUGUACGUCGUCUUCUUGACGAUGUGUAUUAUUACAUUGGCCGCUGCGUUGGAUGCUACCUCACUCUCUGUAGCUUUACCCGUAUGCUCCCUCUCCUUCUUCCCCUUCAUGAUAUGGUACGAAAACGGUAUUAACACCCCCCCUCCCAGAUAAUGUCCCAAAAACUCGGCGGCACGGCAAUAGAAGCCUUCUGGUCAGGCACCUCCUUCCUGAUAACCUCCACCGUCUUCCAGCCAAACUUCGCCUCCCUCUCCGACAUCUUCGGCCGUCGGGCCCUAAUCCUCGUGGCGCUGGUCUUCUUCACCGCCGGCGCCAUAGUCGCGGCCUUGGCGAACAACUUUACCAUAAUUCUCGUCGGCCGGUCGAUCCAGGGCAUCGGCGGCGGUGGGAUAAUCUCCCUCACGGAGAUCAUAGUAACGGACAUUGUCCCGCUCCGUGAGCGAGGAAAGUACUUUGGCUUCCUGUCCAUGAUGUGGGCGCUGGGCUCCGUCAGCGGUCCCCUCAUCGGGGGUGCGUUCGCGCAGGAGGCGUCGUGGAGGUGGAUCUUUUGGAUCAAUCUCCCCCUCUGCGCCCUUGGGUUCGGGUUGAUCCCUCUGUUCUUGAAUCUCAAUCAUAGGACCACUUCCUUCCUGGAGAAGCUGAAGAGGGUGGAUUGGGUUGGGUCCGUGCUGUUCGUGGCGUCCAUGAUGAGUCUCUUGAUUCCGAUUACUUGGGGAGGUGUAAUGUACCCUUGGGAUCAUUGGAGGACUCUGGUCCCGUUGGUGCUCGGUAUUGUGGGGCUGGCUGGGUUUGUCCUUUAUGAGAGGCUUGUGGCUAAAGAGCCGUUGAUCCACUUGGCGGUUUUUUCCACCAGGACCGCUCUGGUGAAUUAUUUGGGCACCAUUAUGCAUGGGAUGAUUGUAAGUUUGGAACUCUGUGAUGGUCAAUGAUCGUCUAGAGGGGGUUUACUGAUCGUUUCGCCGCAGCUUUGGAGUUUACUCUACUAUCUACCACUAUACUUUGAAGCCAUCAAAGGUCUCAGCCCAAUCAUGGCCGGUGUGGCCGUCUUCCCAGAGACAUUGUACGUACCCUUCUUCACAGCACAUCGUUCAUCAAACUAACUUUUCUUUUUUCUUUUCUCCCCACAGCACCGUAGCGCCAGCAUCUGUGGUAGUUGGUCUCCUUGUCUCCAUAACUGGUCGCUUCCGCUGGGCCCUCUGGCUCGGCUGGACCCUGACAGUCAUGGGAAUGGGCCUACUCGUCCUCCUGGACGUGCACACCCCAACCGUGAGCUGGAUAUUCAUAAGCCUGGUCAGCGGGCUCGGCACGGGAAUCCUCUUCCCGAGCAUGGCCUACGCUAUCCAAGCCUCGGCCACGGACGAAGACAUGGCCUACGCCGUAUCCAUGUUCUCCUUCUUCCGCGCCUUUGGUCAAUCAUUCGGCGUCGCGAUCGGUGGCGUCAUCUUCCAGAACGCCCUGAAGACGGAGGUGGCCAAGCACGCGGUUCUCAGAGCGAUGGCCGGGGAGUACGCCGCGGAUGCCGUCGCCCUCGUGCAGAUUAUCAAGAUGAUGCCCGCGGGUAUGGAAGGGCGGGAGGAGCUGCUGAUCAGCUAUGCUGCGGCGCUCAAGGUGGUUUGGAAGGCUAUGAUCGGGUUUGGAGCGGUUGGGUUGGUAUCGAGUUUCGCUACGGAGGGCCUGAGCCUUGAUCGGGAGUUGAGAACUGAGCACGGGUUGAUGGAGAAGAAGGCUGCUCCUGGGGAUUCGGAGAAGAGUGGUGGCGAAGAUCAGGUUUAGAGUGGACCUAUUCAUCAAUUUGGUAGAAAUCUUGUAUAUCAUGCUGGAUCUUAGCGGGGUGGGUUUUUCUCUUUUGAUUUAUUAUUAUUAAUCAAUGGGGUUUUGUUAUUAUAGAUUGGAUGGGCAGCGGUUUUCUGAUACAAUUUUUUUUUUUUUUUUUAUAUCAUACUUGUUAUUUUUUAUUUUUUUAUUUUUUUCACUGAUAAAUAGAAUCUCAAUUCUAAAGAAUGAACCUCAUCAAUAGUUAGAGUAUCACAUGUCUCGGCAAUAUAAUGUGUGCUUCAUCGGAAUGAUUUUAUGUCAUCCACCAGUCCCCGCAAUCACUAUCUAUCACUCGCGACUUCUUUUGGGUUUUUAUGAUACUGUUUUUUCCGCCCUGAUUAAACUGGAGAGUAUCAUAUCAUAGGUUGGCCCUUGACGACGCCCCC